AUGGCUCGGGGUAUCGUGAAUGCCGCCAAGUCGGCAUCCAAUGUCAUCUCCAUCAACCAGAAAUACACAGUCAAGUCCACCGGCAUCUGGGAGCGCAUUCGUCGCCUUCUCGCCGUUGACCCUGAACGCUCUUCAGGUGUCCCUCUGAACUCUCAAUUCCGUUCUCCCACCCCGGGCUCUGUACCUCCUCUUGCCUACGAUGACCCGGUUACUCUUCCCGCGGGUGACAUUGCCGACAACCCAUACUGGAAGCGGGACGUCCGGAGGAGCUACCCUAGGCUGAGCACCGUGCGCCAAGCCGAUGCAGUCAGCCUUCUCACCGUCGGAAGCCAGGCCGCUCCCAAGGAUGGCGUUCUUAAACUUGGACAGGCUGGAGAGCAGCAAUUGAUUGCUCUCAAGGAACAGGGCGAAGAACGCGGCCUAGCGGCUCUCUUUGAGCAAGAUAAGAAGAGCAUUCAGGGUAUUUUUGGUGCCGAUGGCUUGCCUCCCAAGCCUUGCAACAUCAACCAUGCCUCGAAGUCUUCACAAUCUAAGUACGAGCUCGACCCGGAGAACGGCUACCCCAAGAAGUUUGUACCUCCAGUUCCAUUCUUUUGA